AUGUUCGUCAAAACUAGGCUGGAAUUACCAGCUAACAGCGUCGGCAAGCCGCUCCCUUGCAAGAACUGGGAUGCAACUCUAAUUAAGAAGGUAGAAGCUAAUGUCAAAGCAACCUGCAUCCUUCAGUGUGGCCUGACAAAGGAGGAACUCAACAGAGUAGGGCCUUUCUCAGGUGUAAAGGAGCUGUGGCAAAAGCUGAUCGAACUACAUAAGGGUACAUCAGACACAAAGGAAAAUGAAACGGCAAGCCAACUACAUGCUCGCAUACAAGACCUAUUGAACGAACUCCACGCAAUCGGCUAA